CGUGCGCGGUGCAUGGUGGGAACAGGAAGAGACCCACGUGUGAAGUGAAGUUUGGGACAGAACGGGUUGUGUUUUGGAACACGCUGGCAGCUGAGUUCUACUGUAUCUGUAGACGGUCAGCACCUCGGUCAAAGGUUUGACGGCUCAGGUAUGGCUUCCGAGAAAGUUCGAGAUGGUGACGACCGCUUCCUUCGGGUGAAGAAAGACCCCCGCUUCUGGGAGAUGCCGGAGAGGGAGCGUAAGAUCAAGAUUGACAAGCGGUUCCGGUCCAUGUUCCAUGACGAACGCUUCAAGCUCAAAUACACCGUGGACAAGCGUGGCCGGCCCGUCGAUCACUCCUCUGCGGAGGACCUGAAGCGCUUCUACCAGCUGUCCGACUCGGAACUGUCGGAGAGCGAGAAGGAGCAGGAGGACGACAAGCAGAAGAAGAAGAAGACAAAGAAAAAGACUAAAUCAAGCGCAGUGCCUGAAGAUGAACCUCAUCCCAGAGAAGAGGCCAAAGAAGAAGUGGAGCUGAGCCCAGGAGAGAAAAGCAAGAGAUCCUGUGGCGAGGGCGGCGAAGUCAAGGGUUUCCACGGGUUGAAGGUGCACGAAGAAGGUCGAGAAGAAGAGGUGGAAGAGGAGUCGCAUUGCCAAGGUGAUGAGGAAGCCUCGGAUUCUGGGGCCGGUCUCUCUGAGCUGGAUGAGAGUGAUGGCGACGAUGAGAGCGAGGAUGUGGACGAGGAGAGCACCGAGGACUCGGAGGAGGAGGACGGCGACAGCGGACCCGACUUGGCGCGGGGGAAGGGGAACAUCGAGACGAGCUCAGACGAGGAAGACGAGGAGGAUGAGGUGGACAGGCUGCUGCGCAAAGAGGAAAAGGAGAUUGAGCAUGACUGGGGCGAGAUGUGGAAGGACGCCCCUCGAAACGACUCGGUCUCACGGAGACUGGCCGUGUGCAGCAUGAACUGGGACCGGCUGAAGGCCAAGGAUCUGCUCGCACUGCUCAGCUCCUUCAAGCCCAAAGGAGGCCUCGUGCUCUCCGUGAAGAUCUACCCCUCGGAGUUUGGGAAGGAGCGGCUGCGGAUGGAGCAGGCCCAAGGACCUCUGGAGCUGGUCAAGUUGCCGGAGGAUCCGGAGCAGGACACGGAGGAUGAGAGGGUGUACCGGGAGAAGAUGCGGGACUACCAGAUCAAGCGCAUGCGAUACUACUAUGCCGUCGUCGAGUGCGACUCUCCAGAGACGGCCGCCAGAAUCUACGAAGAGUGUGACGGGUACGAGUACGAGAGCAGCAGCUCGAUCCUGGACCUGCGGUUUAUUCCAGACGACGUUACAUUUGAUGAUGAGCCUAAAGAUGUGGCUGUGGAUGUGGACUUGGUCACCUACACGCCCAACUUCUUCACCUCGACGGCUCUGGGAACGUCCAAGGUGGAACUCACCUGGGAUGAGACAGACCAUGAGCGAGUCACUGCCAUGAGUAGGAAGUUCAAGAAGGACGAGAUUCUGGACAUGGACUUCCAGGCGUACCUGGCCUCGUCCAGUGAAGAUGACGAAGAGGAGCUGGAGGCUGAAGAUGAGGAAGGUGAUGAAAAGUCCGUGGAAGAGACCAAGAAAGUGCCGAAGAACGACGCAGAGCAGCUCGCCAAGUACCGUGAGCUGCUUAAGGGUAUUCAAGAGAAGGACCAAAAGGCGGAAGACAAAGCCAUGGAGAUGGAGGUCACCUGGGUACCAGGUCUGAAGGAAACGGCAGAGCAGCUGGUGAAGAAGAAGCUGGAGGACAAAGCUCCACUCACUCCGUGGGAGCAGUUCCUGCAGAAGAAGAAGGAGAAGAAGAAGCAGAAGAAAGUCAAAUCCAAACAGCAGGCUGCAGCGGAGUCGAACCUCAGUGACGACGAGCUGCCCCCGGACGUGGACCUCAACGACCCCUACUUCGCAGAGGAGCUCGGGAAGUCAGGUGCAGCUCUGACUGCGAAAGCCAAGUCGAAAAAGGGCAAGAAGGUCGCGGAGGAGCAGCGGACACCAGAGGAGGAGGCCGAGCUGGAGAGACACAGGGCGGAGAUGGCCCUGCUGAUGGAUGACGACGAGGAUGACGACAACCGCAAGCACUUCAACUACGACAAGAUCGUAGAGCAUCAGAACCUGAGCAAGAAGAAGAAGAAGAAGCUGAUGAAGAAGAAUGAGUUGCUGGAGGAGGAUGACUUUCAGGUCGACCUGAAGGACCCCCGAUUCCAGGCCAUGUUCACCUCUCACCUGUACAACCUGGACCCAUCAGACCCGAGCUACAAGAAGACCAAGGCUACGCAGAGCAUCUUGGAAGAGAAGCAGCGACGCAGGGAGGAGCAGCAGAGGCACCAAGAGGAGGCCAUCAAGAGGAAGCUACAGGAGACAGACCAGGAAGCGGAUGCCAAAGAGAAGCCAGCCGAGCACAAGAAGGCCAUGGACCCUGGGCUCUCCAUGCUCAUAAAAUCUGUGAAAAACAAAACGGAGCAGUUCCAGGCAAGAAAGAAGCAGAAGACGAAAUAGGGAUGACACAGAGGUGGAGAAAGAAGCAGAACUCCCUUAAUACAUGUUUCUCUAAUCUACCAGAACAAUGGUGGGCAGAAUCUUUUUUAAUAGAUAAGACAGCUGGAGUACUGGUCACACGAUCUUCUUGGCCGAGUUGACUGCAUGUUGAAUGAAGGGAUGGAAAAGUCAUGAAAUGGACUUCACUCUUGAGAGAAGGCAGCCUUUUAUCACGGAAAGUGUCCCAUUGAAAGCGACGCUUUGCAGUCUCGUCCCACUGAAGAAGUGGAUGCCCAGGACAUUUGGGCCGUUUUGAAGUUGUUCCCCACAGCAAUGUGCCGGUAUUAAUGCCUCCUUUCAAGCACCAGCAUGAACCAGUGAGUUUGGAGGACUUUCAUGUUGUACAAAGGACCCUCUCACGUCCAUGUUUUGCCUUCAUAAUGAUAAAAGAAGUAAUCGAACUCGAAACUUUCUUCUUUCCGCUCAGUGGAACGUCGGAGCAGAAAGAGUAACGGUUCUUUUUUUCACGGGUGACCCCGACCAAGGCUGAAGGGGGCCAUGUGAAAUAGGAUCCAGUUUAUACAGAAUCCCAGGGCUACCGUUUUUUUUGAUAUGAUAAUUUACAUCAAGUGGUUUGCAGGCCUAUCCCAUGAGCAACCCUUGGAGUCUGGAAACACCUUCUCUGUGAAUUUAUCUAAUAAAAAAAGAAAAAGUUAUUGUC